AUGCGAACUCUUCGAUACAUCUCCAUCGUCGGCUGCCAUGCCGAGGGCGAAGUCGGCGACGUCAUUGUCGGCGGCGUGCGAGAUGUUCCCGGCAAGACAAUGUAUGAGAAGCUCGUUCAUUGUCGCGAUAAAGAGGAUUCUCUGCGACAACUCAUUCUCAACGAGCCACGGGGGAGAUCAUCCAUGAACACAAACCUACUCCUUCCGCCGACAGACCCAAGGGCAGAUGCAGGCCUCUUGAUCAUGGAGAGUACCGAGUAUGCCCAUAUGAGCGGAUCCAAUGCUAUGUGUACAGCUACGGUACUUUUGGAAACGGGCAUGAUUCCCAUGAAGGAGCCAGUGACUGAGCUUGCUCUCGAUACUGCUGCAGGCCUAGUCACCGUCAAGGCGCAAUGCGACGCUGGCAAGUGCAAGUCUGUCAGUGUCGAGAACGUCCCAUCCUUCGUCGAUACACUCGACCUGAAAGUUGACGUGCCUGGGCUGGGUGUUAUUUCGGUUGAUAUCGCUUGGGGUGGUAUGUGGUACGCCUUCGUCAAGGCAUCUGACCUUGGUCUAAAAGUCGAGAGCAACAACGGAGCUAAGCUGGUCGAGCUUGGAGAACGAGUCAAGGAUUACGUCAAGGCCAAGCACACACCUAUUCAUCCCGAAAACGACGGCAUUCGUGGCGUCACUGUUAUUUCCAUCACCGAAGAUCUUAAGGACGAGGAAAGUUGCAAAACUGCCCUGAACACAGUCGUCGUCUCUCCAGGCCGCUUGGAUAGGAGCCCUUGUGGAACAGGCACAUGUGCUAGGAUGGCAGUCCUGCAUGCGCGAGGUCUCUUGAAGGUUGGAGAGGUAUUCAAGCAUAGGAGUAUCAUUGGUACCGAGUUUAUCAGCCACAUUCGAGGAACAACUCAAGUCGGUGACCGACAGGCUGUGUUGCCAACUAUCCAAGGGAGGGCAUGGAUUUCAAGCUACAAGCAGAUUGUGCUGGACCCUACCGACCCCUUCCCGGAGGGUUUCAGGGUUGGCGAUCAGUGGCAUGUAUCUGGUGGCGUAUCUUAG